GAGAGACGGUAGCGCCAUCUUGUCUCGGUGAACGCGGUUCCUUUGGUAGGGGGUCAAGGAAGUGGCGGCUCUGGAGACUUCCAUGAUUUGAAGCGAUGGCUCUUUUCCCUGCCUUUGCAAGCGCUGCGAAACCCGGGGAGACGCCAGCGAGCGAGAGUGAGGGCUGCAAAAGAGAAUUGAAUUGGCUGACCAACCCAAGUUUCAGCAAUGAAGAUGCACUGAGACUUCACCAGCAUGCUUUAGAGGUCACAGACCCGGUCUUGGAGAAAGCCCCAUUCCAAAGAACGGCCGCCAGCGUAGAGCCACCAGGAGAAAGUGAAGCCAGUGAAAGUUUUCAAAAAUCAGCUAAGAAAAGAAAGAAAAAGAAAAAGCAGCGGGCCCACGAAAAAGUAAAGAAGAGAAGUAGAAGGGAUCAAAGCACCAGUGAAUCAGAUUCUGAGGAUGUAAAGGAUCAUAGAAAUCAUGGAAAAGGAGGAGCAGAACUGAAUUUGGAGGACGGGCCCUCAAGUGUGAGCUAUCACUCUAUUUGGCUUGAUGAAGUUCAGGGUUUGACAGCAGAAGUAUUCAGAGCGGAUAAGAAACCAGACCCUGCAAACUGGCAAUACAAGUCACUCUAUCGAGGGAACAUUGCAAGAUACAAGAGGAAAAGCAACUUCUGUCUUGGCAUUGAUGUAAAGAAGCAACAUAUAAUCUGGGACAGUUCCGCAACGGAGAAAAAGGCAUCCCAGAAACGACCUGAACGCUACUUCACAAAAAGUGGCCUGAAGCUCUUGAACGUGGAUGGCAUUCCCAUCAGUAGCAAAAGUCAGGGCUCUCCAUCGGGCUUGACUAGUUGGAUACCAAUUUUGCAGCUGGACACAGAUGCUCCUCCUCCUACAAGCUGGGUAAAUCCUCUUGGGAUUUAUGACCCACAAACCACAUUGUGGCUUCAAGGAAAGGGUCCCCCUGAGCCUAAUUCACUAAAGCAGAAGGAAGCUCAGGAGAGCUCUGAGAAUGGAAACACCCACCUGUUGGCAAAAGUGGAAGAAUAUAACAGGAAAGUCAGAGAGAAUCCCAAGGAUGUCAAAACGUGGAUGGAUUUUGUUUCUUUUCAGGAUGAGCUCAUGAGAGGCCCCAGCUGUUACACAAUUAAUGAGGGCGAACGGGAGACAAGAAAGAAAUCACUCAAGCUAGUCUUAGAGAAGAAGCUGGCUAUUCUGGAGAGAGCCAUCGAAAGCAACGUAAACAACGUUGACCUGAAACUGGCCAGGCUGAAGCUUUGCAUGGAGUUUUGGGAGCCGUCGGCUGUGAUCAAAGAAUGGCAGAAGCUGGUUUUCUUGCAUCCAAACAACCCAGCACUGUGGCAGAAGUAUCUCUUGUUCUGUCAGAGUCAGUUCAGCACCUUUGUCGUUUCCAAAGUUCACAGUCUCUAUGGAAAAUGCCUGAGCACUUUGUCAGCGGUACAGGAUGGCAGUAUGGUGUCACAUCCAGCACUGCCAGGCACAGAGGAAGCCAUGCUAGCCAUCUUCCUUCAGCAGUGCCAUUUCCUUCGGCAAGCUGGCCAUUCGGAAAAAGCGUUGUCUUUGUUCCAGGCCCUGAUCGACUUUACUUUUUUCAAACCAGAUAGUGUAAAGGAUCUGCCAACAAGGGGACAGGCGGAGUUCUUUGAACCCUUUUGGGACAGUGGUGAGCCUCGGAUUGGAGAGAAAGGAGCAAAAGGCUGGAAGGCCUGGAUGCAUCAGCAAGAAAAAGGUGGCUGGGUCAUCAUCAAUCCACCUGAUGACGAUGAGGAAGAUGCAGAGGACGAAGAAGAAAUAAAGGAUAAGUCUCUACCCAAGUGGCAGAAUUGGCUUCAUAUUGAACGUUCCCGUGAAGGAAGGCACUGGUUGCCCUGGCGGCCUGACAAAACCAAGAAGCAAACAUUAGAAGAUUGUGAAGAUCCAGAAAGACAGGUCCUAUUUGAUGACCUUGGUUCAUCGUUAAUAAAAAUUUCCAGCCCGGACCUUCAGUUUCAACUGCUCUGCUCGUUUUUGCAAUUCUUAGGAGUCCCGUGUGGAUGCCGCAUCCUCCCUUCCUUCCUCUACAUAGCAAUGGACGAGAACAACGUCUUUGACAGUGGGCAGCACAAGCAGGGACCUCUGACGUCUUUUGACCCGCCACUUUCUGGAGUCAGCAGCAUUGGCCGUAUGGACUCGAUGGACCAAGGAGGGAGGCAGGUGGGCCACCCUAAGGAAGGGGAAGAGUUCAUACAGAAUUUCUUCCAUAUGAUGCUGCCUCUGUUUUCAGGGAAGGAAAAAUCUAACCUAUCCAACUUUUGGCUUCGGUAUGAAGUCUCUAAGGUCAUCCAGUGUUUGAAAAUGGGAAACAAAAGGAAACUGAAAUGGCAAGGCAAGAAAAGUAAAAAAUUAGCCAAGAAUCUUCUUAAGGCGCCAGACAACAGAAAUGACGUUUCCCUUUGGCAACUGUAUGCCCAUCUGGAGUGGCUGCUUGGCAACGUAGAAGAUGCUAGAAAAGUUUUUGAUACAUCUCUGAGCAUGGCGGGAACUGCUGGAAUCAAAAAUCUGGAGUUCUGUCAUCUCAGCCUCCUUUACGCUGAACUGGAAGCUGAGUUGUUCGGGAGUCGGGAAGGAACUCUUGAGUCACGUGCUGCUCAUAUAUUGACCAGGCUGGCUGAAAAGGGGGCUUACGUGCCUUACAGUGGGCAAGUAUUAGCAGUGAACGUCCUGAAAGCUCGGAAGACAUACGAGCAUCUUCUCCAAGAUUGCUUAAAUGAAGGCUCCGCCUCUGAUCAAGGGCCAAUCAGCAGUUCCGGCCACCUGGUUGGAUUGGUUGGUUGCUAUUCUCUUUUCCAGUACCUAACUCUUGGGAUUGAUUCUGCGGUGUCAAUAUACAGGCAGGUUUAUGGCAAGCUGAGAGGCAAACAUCUUGGCGAAAGGCUCGGCGGUCUGAACGUCACCACGGCGCUUGAAGCCGUCACGCUGAUGCACGCAAGUUUGCUCCGCUAUCACAUGAAAAUGAAUGUAUAUCCUCUGAAUCCCCUCCGCGAAGCGCUGUUGGAGGCGUUGAGGCUGUAUCCUAGCAACCAGUCCCUUUGGAGGGCCUACGUCCAGAUACAAAGCAAGUCUCACGAUGCGAGCAAAGCGCGGCGUUUUUGUGACGGUGUCACAAGGACUACCAAAUCCCUGGAGCCCUGGCUCUUCGCGAUCCAAGCGGAGCAGAUGAGGAGAAAGCUAGUCGAAAGUGUCCAGAGGGCCGCUACUGGAGAUGUGUAUGCAACAAUCCCUGAAACUGGACUGACAAAUCGAAUCAAAGCUUUAUUUGAACACGCAGUUGAGACUGAAAACGGAGCUCAUUGCCCAUUGCUGUGGAGGCUGUAUAUAUACUUCAUGGUUUCUUUGGGAGAUAAAGAAAAAAGUAAAGGGCUGUUUUAUAGAGCGCUUCAGAACUGUCCCUGGACAAAAGUGCUAUACAUGGAUGCCAUCGGGUAUUUUCCAGAUGAGCUGCAAGAGAUCCUUGAUCUAAUGGCUGAGAAAGAGUUGAGAGUACGGGUUCCCAUAGAAGAGCUGGAACUGCUUCUUGAAGACUAAAGAAUGGUACAAAGAUGUGAAGACAGGAAAUUGGCCUUUCGUUUAAGGCAUCUUCAGGAUACCUUGGGAGGAAAUGUUCAGGGUAUUCCACACAUUUUUAAUGGAUAAGAAAAGUGUUUUCCCCUAAAGUUUUCCUCAUCUGAGCACGUCUGUUCCAUUAAAUACAAAGGUGGGUACAAAGUUGUGCCUAUCUUGUAAUAAGUUUUCCAAGUGGACUUUUAGUGCUCUUAUGCUGUGAACUGCUGGAAAUGCUUUGGCUUAGAUAUACAAAGGAUUUAGCCAAAUAGACCUAGUACAUUCACCAGCAACUAUUUUCUCCCAGUUGGCUGUGACUUUACAGGGUAACAUUCGCCUGUUCUCGUAACACUCUUCACAGGUUGUACAGAACUAGAUUCGUGGAAAUGUGCACUUAAUUUGGCAGCUCACAAGGUUAGCAAUGAAGCCUUAUGUAACUGGAUUUUUUUUUACAGUGUACUAUUACGAAUUGUAGUUGUGUUGUAAAUACGCUUGUAAAAAUCGCUAAAUAUUUUUUGAAUUCUA